AUGGGGUUGUUGAUUCAGAAUCUUUGUGUCAAAUACGUUACGAGGGAAGGAUGCAAAGAAUGGCCUGAUGAUGCAUUUGUACAGACUGUUAUCGUCCUAGUAUACAAGAAGAAGAAGAAGAAGAAGAAGAAGAAGAAGAAGAAGAAGAAGAAGAAGAAGAAGAAGAAGAAGAAGAAGAAGAAAGGCAGUGGAGAAAGUAGAGAAGAAGUGGGUGAAGCAAAGAGUAGAAUAACCUCAGAUCUGUGUCGGCUAAAUGGUCUUCCAUACAAGACGCUCAUGAAAUUGCCCCCAGAAGAAUGA